AUGAUCGGGGUUUAUCCUACAUUGUUUAGUCUUUCUGUUGUAGUUUUCAGUCUGUCGUCUGCAGCAGAACUGACUUUCGAGUUGCCGGACAAUGAGAAAAUGUGUUUUUAUGAGAAUAUUGAUCAGGGAGUGGAGGCGACGCUUGAAUUCCAAGUGGUGACCGGUGGAAAUUAUGACGUUGAUUUGGAAAUUUUAUCCCCUAAUGGCCAGUUUCUGUACCGAGAUGUGAAGAAGCAGUAUGACAGUUUCACAUGGAAAGCUCAGAUUGGAGGAGUUCAUAAAUUCUGCUUCUCAAACGAGUUCUCCACAUUCACACACAAGAUUGUCUACUUCCAUUUGCAAGUUGGUGAGGAACGACCAGCGGCAGACGAACUUGGCAAUCAGGACCAGGAGACCGCUCUAACAUUGCUGGAAACAUCCACAGUCAACAUCUUUGUGAACUUGAACAAAAUCAGCGAGCACCAGACCCACCAUCGGCUCAAGGAGGCCCAGGGUCGCACUUUUGCAGAGGACCUCAACGAACAAGUCCUUUACUGGUCUGUCGGGGAAUCACUUCUUAUUAUCAUCAUAGGGAUUGGCCAGAUUUUAGUUCUUCGGAGUUUCUUUAGCAACUCUCAUAAGACAUCAGUACCAACGUGA